AGACUGCCGUUCUUUAUUUAGCUUUAGUCAAGUGGGAUCUUCCAUUUAGUUAGCUCUCCAGAGUUAUAUGGGAAAUCUUAUUUUGGAAAUUAUUAAAGCUGGGAACAACGAAGGGCAUUUCCUGUAGAGUUCCACAGCCAGCAGCACGAUGAAGCUACUUUGCAAACAUGAAACUUGCCUCUUACUCUUCCUUGUCCUUGUUCAGAUCUUUGGGUUAGAGGAUGACAGCAGCCGAACUACAACAGAGAUCUGUUCAACACACACAAUUUUACCUGGACCAAAAGGAGAUGAAGGUCAGAAAGGAGAUUCAGGAGAUAUGGGGAAACAAGGAAAAGUUGGCCCAAUGGGACCCAAAGGAGACAAGGGAGCUGUUGGCAGCAGUGGUGACCAAGGAAUGAUGGGCAAAAUUGGACCAAUUGGCAGAAAAGGUGACAAAGGACUGAAAGGUUUUUCGGGUGCCUCUGGAGGAAAGGGCAAAGCAGGUGCCGUCUGUGACUGUGGCAAAUACCGCAAAGUCGUUGGACAACUGGAUAUCAAUGUGGCCCGGCUCAAGAGUUCAAUCAAAUUUGUAAAGAAUGUGUUGGCAGGAAUCAGGGAGACAGACGAAAAAUACUACUACAUUGUGCAGGAAGAAAAAAAUUACAGGGAAGCUCUCACUCAUUGCCGGAUUCGGGAUGGGAUCCUUGCCAUGCCGAAAGACGAGGCCUCCAAUGCUGUGAUCGCCGACUACAUCUCCAAGAGUGGCCUCUUCCGAGUCUUUAUUGGGCUGAGUGACACAGAGAGGGAAGGCCAGUUUAUAUAUGCAGACCACACCCCUUUGCAGGACUAUAGCAACUGGAAGGAAGGAGAACCCCAGAAUGUCACAGGGGAGGAGGACUGUGUGGAAAUGCUCAGCACUGGGAAAUGGAAUGAUACCGAGUGCCACCUCACUAUGUACUUUGUCUGUGAGUUCCCAAAGAAGAGAAAGUAAGCACAAGGAGGAACCAGCAAUGAACCAUAGAUUCCCUUAUUUUCUUCUGGUCAACCACCAGGCCAAACAUCUAGGAUGAAAUCCCUACCACAUUCCCUAUGAGUGUCUCCUAUAGUUUUAAUGAUUUUAAUUAUUUUUUAAAAAAGUUUGAGUGUUUGAAAAGUGAGGUAUUUAGUUUGCUAUUCAAAAUUCCUCAUCUCAAACUGCCUCUGGAUCCUAAAUAAAUCCAGAAGAAUCCCUACAAAGUACGUACGGCAGGUAGCGGUAAAUCAGGUGCUUAAUUUCAAAAGGUUCUUUAUGACCCACAAAGCGAUUUUCAGGAUCUUUUAACCUGCAUUUCUCAGGUGUUUGUGAUUAGAUGCACCCAGUACAGCAGCCAUAUCAGAACUGGGCAAACCCUUUGUGAUAUUGCUCAUUACUCCUUUUGGAUUGACUCCCAACAAUCUAAAAAGACUAUGAAAUCCUGGUCUAAGAGAAGAAUGCAUAGAUGUCAUGUUACGCAGUGGAGCUUUAUUUCUAAAUGAACAUUUUUAUGCCACAAUUCAUGUAUGGUUUCCCCCUAGGUCUUGCUUGUUAAAUCUUCAUAAUCUUCACAUAGAGAUUUUUUUUCUAUUAUGCUUUUUGCUUCUUACAAAAGUUUAGCUCAAGUUCCGUCAACAAUGAUCGUUAAAAACAAGCACCAUCAAAGGUAAUGCUAACCAGAGCCUACAACAGAAUGAGGAAAUGUCAACAUGGACACAGUUCUUAUCUGGCAUAGCUGGUCAUAAUAUUUACAUUAAAAACAUAUACAAAUUUACUUGAAGGUGUGUUCCAUUGAUUUCAAUGGGAUUUAGCUUAAGGCUGUUACACAUGCAGAAGAAUAAAACAGUACAGGAAUGUAGAAGUGGAACAGACUGCACCAUUUCAAAUGUCCAUCUGUCAGGGAAAUAUUUAUGUGUGCUCCCAUAUUCCAAUAUAGAUAGAUAGAUAGAUAGAUAGAUAGAUAGAUAGAUAGAUAGAUAGAUAGAUAGAUAGACAACACAGCAAGUACAAAACUGGCAAAAGCCACGCUAGCUUGAAUGGAUUAAGUCUGCAUGUAUACAAAAUAAACACCUUUACCAUACUUUUCAAGUGCUACAGUUUAAAGUGACAUAUAGCCCAUGCUACAAUGUCAGAAGGUGGUGAUGAAUCCUUUUUGGGUUUUAAACCAGAUCAGUGGUUCUCAACCUGUGGGUCCCCAAGUGUUUUGGCCUACAACACCCAGAAAUCUGAGCCAGUUUACCAGCUGUUAGAAUUUCUGGGAGUUGAAGGCCAAAACAUCUGGGGACCCACACAUUGAGAACCACUGAUCCUGAUGUUCAAUGAGCUAUCCAAGGUGCUGAACCCUGUCCCACAGGAGAGAUUCAGCAACAUAAAUGGUUCCUUUAAGUUUAAACUAAAACCCAUACUGGAUUCACCACUCCACUUGCAUGAGACCCAUCAGUCAUGGCUUCUAUGGCCUCAUUUCAACUACACACCUAAAUGUAACCUUGCUUCUUGUUAAGUAUGUUUAAAAUCGCUCAGAGCAGUGGAUAGGUGCAUUUCUGAGAUACCUGAUUGAAAAGUGAUUAAGAUUAUUCCUAGACAUCCAACUCACCUAUGAUGUACUAUUAUGCAGUAGCAUGGUGUAGUACUUAAAAAUGUUGGAUUGGGAUUUAAGAAGUCUGGCUUUAAUGUUUCACUAUGGAUACAUUCACACUGUUAAAUGAAUACAGUUUGACACCACUUUAACUGACCUGGCAUAAUGCAACAGAAUUAUGGAAUCACGGUUUAACUGUUUAGCCUUUUCUGCCAAAGAGUUCUAGUGCCUCAUCAAACUAAGAUGCCCAGGAUUCCAUAGCAUUGAGCAAUGGCAGUUAAAGUGUGUCAAACUGCAUUAAUUCUACAGUGUAGAAGCACCCCAAGCCAUUGAACACACUGAGUGGUCCUGAGUCAGUCUUUCCCUCUCUUUUUUCUUUUUUUUCUCUCUCUCUGCCUGACCUGCCUCACAAAUGUCGAUGUUAGGGUCAAGUGGGAAGGUAGGAAACCAAGCGUGUAACUUAUUUUUAAAAGGCACAAUAUAAUGCAUACCAUAUAUUGACCAAUCUCACAGAGCUGUUGUAAGGCUGCUAUUCAACAAAGCAUACCAUGAUAUGAAAUGCUUGAUCAUAAUAAACAGUAAGCUGUAAUAAGAAAA